CCAAGUGCUGGGAUCAAAGGCGUUCGCCACCACCCAGCUUUCAUUUUUAAUUCUUAGCAUUCUCCUUUAAACAAGUGGAGACAUGUUUUGAAGAAAGGCUAAUGAGGUUUUAGGUAGGUAGCAGAAGGCUUGAAAAAUUAAUACUGUGCCCCUCCACGGGACUCUGAACUGCAAGACAGCUGCUCUUUGACCUUCAGACCUCAGAAACUAGAAAUACUUAUUUCAGGCUCCACCGGACUGACCACUGUGGUCAGGAAUGGAAAGCACCUGUCAGGUGUUGCUGCCUGGGCUAACUGGCGACUUCAAGCUUUGUGGCUUGAGUAGCCUCUGCUCCCAACCGUCCCUUCGGGCAUUCAAACCACAGUUGGUGCCGAGCGCCCCCUACAGGCCGCACACGGAAACGGACGUGUAGGUGUGCUUGCUUUCACAGUCGCUCUCUGCCGAGUACCCACAGGCCCACUUCCCAAGUGAGUGACUAGCCCUGUGCCCCUGAGCAGCGCGGGAGUUGGGCCCCUGAAGUUUCCGUUCCGACACCACCUGGGCCUAGCUCAAGGUCACGAGUGCUCAAACACGGUGGCCUGAAAGAGAAGGGGCCGCUCACUACAGCCUGCGCGGAGGGCCCAGGGGACGGCCACAGACUUGCCGCAAAGGUCGCGGGCUAAGCUUCUAGACAGCGGCCGAGGGAGCUACGGAGUCCCGGAAGGUUCGGGCGCUUUUCCGGAAGACUUCCCUACGGCCAAUCAACGUUAAGACCUUCCCCCUUCACCGGAAGGAAGUAUCUCCCGGAGCAACCAACCAGACCGCUGUCUUGAGUGGCGGGAAAGGCCAUGAGUAAAAGCCGGGCCGAGGCUGCGGCUGGAGCCCCCGGGAUCAUCCUGAGGUACCUGCAGGAACAAAACCGGCCCUACAGCGCCCAGGACGUGUUCGGAAACCUGCAGAAGGAGCAUGGGCUGGGCAAGGCGGCGGUGGUGAAGGCUCUGGAUCAGCUGGCCCAGCAAGGCAAGAUCAAGGAGAAGACGUACGGCAAGCAGAAAAUUUACUUUGCAGAUCAGGACCAGUUUGACACAGUGAGUGAUGCCGACCUCCACAGCCUGGAUGCCAAAAUUGUGGCCCUCACCGACAAGGUGCAGAGCUUACAGCAAAACUGCCGCCACAUGGAAGCUGAGCUGAAGGAAUUAACAAGUGCGCUGACCACUCCUGAGAUGCAGAAGGAGAUCCAGGAGUUAAAGAAGGAGUGUGCUCACUACAUAGAGAGACUGAAGAACAUCAAAGCAGCCACCAACCACGUCACUCCAGAGGAGAGAGAGGAGGUGUACAGAGAAAGGCAGAAGUAUUGUAAAGAGUGGAGGAAGCGGAAGAGAAUGACCACCGAGCUGUGUGAUGCAAUCCUUGAAGGAUACCCCAAGAGCAAGAAACAGUUCUUUAUAUUCCUGAAACAAGACAGAGACACAGAUGAAUAUGUCAUUGGCAUAACUGACGUGGUGGACACGGGUGUUCACUGCAACAGUCUUUUAAGUGUUGCAGUGUUUAAAGUUUCACAAUGAAAAUGUUGAGAAACAAAAGAACGGGAGGAAUCUGAGAAAACACAGCCAGGCCUCAAGAGCAGAAAACAGCACACUAAAAAGUCCUGGGUCUACAGUGGGGUGGACGUCCUGUACUCUGUGUGUUUCGUGUUUCUAGAAACUUCUAGUAGCUGCUGUUGGCUUCCAUACAGGACAGCUAAGAAGUAGAGUGGCUAAUGAGUCACCAAUGACAUGGUCCAAAGCUGGACUGGCAGAGUGCACACUUCAUGGGCUAGGCAGCAAGAAGAAACAAUACUAGUAGAGCCCCUGCAGGGUCCCAAAGACACCUGCAUUGCUUUCUGAAUGGCUUGGACCACUCUGCUUGGGGGCGCUAAGAGAAUCUUAGACCCCAUGGCCCUGCUGUCACAUACCUGUGGCUCACAGUGUUCCUCAAUCCAGCUGAAGACACAAGCUGACAGCUCCUGGAAGCUGGCCACAGAGAUCGAGGCAUUGAAAGACUGGAAUAGGGAGUCCAUGAUGCCCUGAAACACGUUGAACUUCACCUGGUCAGAGACCUGGUCCUCUCCCUCAUGAGGGUUGUCCUGAUGUGCCUUCACAAUUUGCUCAUAGUUCCUGAAAGCAUGCAAGCAAGUAGGGCUGAGGUGCUACGGCAGCUCCACCAACCUGAGAAGCUUGGUGGCAUAAGCCAGUGGUCACCCAGAAGAGGACUCCUGGAGGAUACAUUCAACACCAGCUAAACGGAACUCUGCAACCUACCCCUUGUUAACCUGACAGAUGGUUCCUGUAUGUCUUAUAUAUAAAAGGCUGACUGGGACAGAGACUCCUGCCUUACAGUGACUACCUCGGGGUCAGUAUUACCUACAUGCAUCCUCUGAUACGGCCUUUGAACAAGAGGAGAGUGCACAGUACCCCCUCAGUUCAGCACCCCUCUUACACUUUCAUUAUCUUCAGGGCUGUGACAUCCUUGCGCAAUGUGGAUACUUCUUCCUCCUGCUUUUUCUUCUCCUUGUGUAAAAACUGGAUGUAGUCGAUGGCUAGAGUAGAGGCCAAGAGAGGGGUUGGGAACAGAGGAAGUCUGAACCAGGAA